AAGGAAACCCUAAAUUUGAAGGUCUAGAGGUUUAGAUUGUCUGAUUCCGAGCUCGGAGUUAAGAUGGAUGAAGAAUUAUCGCAUUCGCAUUCAAUCAGGUUGAUGAAUUUCGUCUCCGAGCAACAGAUUCUGAAGGAGAAUAAAGACAAGCGCGAUGCAGAAUUUAAUGAGCAGUUCAAACACAUCAAGAAGGGAAUAUGCGAGACUAAUGGUAGAUGAAGAAGGUGAACCGCUUUGAAAUUUCCAAGCAGCAAUAGCAGCAAAGUCAAGUGUUGUGCAUGAGCUAAAGGAACCAGCAGGGGCAGCAGUGGUACAGGUUGGUCUUAAAUAGCUCAGUGAACUGAUUGUUAAAAUAGGCAACAAUACUUAUCUCACAAUCCACAAUCCUUGAUUUAUUUGAAAUUAUUUUGCUCCACUCAUCUGCAUUUGAAUACUGGUUGCUAUAGACCUUCCAUACUGUUUAUGCAUCCUGUCAGAUAUCUUUCACGUUCCACUCUGCCACUUUCCACUUAAAUUUUCAAAAUGUUAUUCUGUAUUUUGUAACUUAUAUUAUCAAGUGUUGUGUUCCUUCCUUGGCAAAAUUGAAACUGAAACUGAAACUGAAAACUGAAACAAUAGAUGGUGUUCUGAUUAUAGAUUGGGCAUUCCAGCAUGGUUGAGUGACAUCUAUCUAGUUUUCAGUAGGGAAGAAGAAUCCAACAGCUCAACCAUUAAGCAUGAUUAUAAAAGUGAGGCCACAAGUGAAGAAAGCAAAAACUGACCAAGUGAGUGCUGAGGAACCUUCAGUGACAGCAAGAACACCCGAAGUUGAUGCUGGAAAAACUACUGAUCCAGCAGAAAACCCUAAUGGUGAUACUAAACCAUAUUCCAUGGAAACACCAAAUGUCGAAACCAAUAAGCACCCCAAAUGAUGUUGCUAAGACAUUUUUAGUUUCUUACAGUUUACAAGAGUGCAGAUGAUGAUUAGGAAUUCCAUUUAUAAUAUAAUGGGGUUAUAAUCAUUUCACCAAUCCACAGAACAACAUGCAUUAACACCUUUAGCUGAAGAAGCUAGGAUAUCUGAGUCUAAUGUAGCUUAACUUGCCAUUAUCAAUUUGUUAUUUUAAAAACAAUAUAAGCUUAGUGUGUGU